AUGUUGAAAUUUCCUUGCUUAUCGGAAAUAAUUGUCCGAGGAUUGUCAGGCCCCGAGAAGUUAAUCGUGGGAGGAGAAGAUGAUCCAUAUGGACAGAGGUCUCUAUUGGGUUGGGGAGUAAUCGGCAAUGUUUGUAAGUCUUCUGAGAAAGACGACGUAAUCCAAGAUGGAUACUGCAACAAGACUGUGGUGACGUCAUACCCUAACUUUGCAUUUGCAACAAAGGCUAAAGAAAUCAUACAACCCCAGAAGGUUCUAGAAGUAUUGGAAUCAGAUUUUAUUGAAAGACAAAUGGAUCGUAAAGCGUAUUCCGUUGAAGAUGCACGAUUUAUGCAAAUUCUCGAGAAAGGUAUAAAGCAACUUCCUGAUGGUCACUAUGAAAUGUCUCUGCCACUUAAAUCAGACAGAAUUGUGCUGCCCAAUAACAGGACAUGGGCUGUCAAGAGAUGGCAACAACUUUUGAUGAGGUUCCAAAAUUCCUCUCAGAUUACAAAGUGUUCAUGGAAGAUGUUCUUGAUCAUUGUGCAGAAAGAGUACCGCAAACCGUUUAGAUGUUGAAGACGGAAAGAUAAAUUAUGUACCUCACACUGAUAUAUACCAUCCAAGAAAGCCCGGACAAAUUCGAGUUGUCUUUGAUUGUUCUGCAAAGUUUAAUGGAACAUCACUCAACGACUAUUUGUUGCAAGGACCUGAUCAAAUUAACAAUCUUCUUGGGAUUCUGUGUAGAUUCCGGCAAAAAAGAGUCGCCUUCUUGACAGAUAUUAAAGGAAUGUUUCAUCAGUUUGUAGUGUCAGAAGAAUAUCAGGAUCUUUUGUGCUUCCUGUGGUGGGAAGAUGGUGAUCCCAGCAAUGAAAUGGUGGAUUAUCAGAUGAAAGUUCAUCUCUUUGGGGCAGUGAGUUCACCUGGUUGCACAAACUUCGGAUUGAAAAGAGCUGCUGAUGAAGGAGAAGACAAAUUUGAAGAGGAUGCUGCAGAGUUUAUAAGAAGGGAUUUUUUACGUAGAUGACGGUGUUAAGUCAGUGACAAAUGUUAAUGAAGCAGUUACGUUAAUUAAAGCAGGAUUGAAGUUACACAAGAUUGUUUCUAAUAGUAGGGAUGUUCUGAAAGCUUUUCCCAUUGAGGAAAGGGCCAAAUGUUUUAAAGACUUGGAUCUACAAGUUGAUGAUUUGCCAAUAGAACAGGCGUUAGGUAUAAGGUGGUGUGUUGAAAACGAUAGUUUGCAAUUUAGAAUAGAGCUACAGGAUCAUCCUGUGACGAGACGUGGAAUUCUUUCAACCGUGGGGUCCAUCUACGAUCCAAAUGGAUAUUUAGCACCCAUUACAUUGAAAGGAAAGCAAAUUUUGCAACAAAUGUGUCGAGAUAGACUCGAUUGGGACGAUCCAGUACCUCACAAUCUCUCUGCGCAAUGGGAGAAAUGGCGACGUGAAUUCAUAAUGUUGAGAAUUUACAAAUCCAACGACGUUUCAAACCAGAAAGUCAAAGUCAAAUCUUUUGCAAAGUCAAAUCAACGGAAUUGCAUCACUUCUCUGAUGCUAGUCUAGAAGGAUAUGGACAGUGUUCAUACAUCCGGUUAAUAAAUGAAGAUAAGGUUCACUGUUCCUUCGUAGUCGGUAAAGCAAGAGUUACUGCACUUAAGCAAGUAACUAUCCCAAGAUUAGAACUCACUGCAGCAACCAUUUCUGCUAGAAUGAGCAAGUUUUUGAGGAACGAACUAUCUUAUCAGGAGAUCAAAGAAUACUUUUGGACAGAUAGUAAAAUUGUUUUGGGCUAUAUUAGUAAUGUUGCUAAGAGAUUCCAUACUUACGUAGCCAACCGUAUUCAGGAAAUUAGAGAUGCCACUGACCCUUUAUCCUGGAACUACGUAGAUACCAAUGACAAUCCUGCGGAUGGAUCCAGAUGGCUAAAGGGCCCAAGUUUUCUGUGGAAAUGUGGAACUUUUGAAUCUCAAAUUAUCGAGAAAUUUGUUGUGAAUGAUAAUGAUCCUGAGGCGAAGAAAGCAGUAGUCAGCAAAGUAUAUAGCCAUGAGUCAAGCAAACAGGAUUGGGAUGCAGAUCGCCUAAACCAUGUGUCAAAUUGGUAUCGUGCUCAGAAGAUUAUAGCGUUAUGUCUACGAUUGAAAGUUAGAGUGAGAAGAAAAGAAGUAAAGAAACCCAAUUUAUCAAAUUCACUCAAUGAACGUCCUUUGUUUAGACUAACUGUCUCGCUCCCUGAAUUACAAGAAGCAGAGAAAGAAAUUUUGAGGGCGAUCCAACGUAAAUAUUUUGGGGAAGAGAUUCAAGUUCUGAAGUGUCUCAAAGUGAGAGAAACAGAUGUUUCAAGAAAUGUAGCUAGAAAACGAAAUGAAGAAAUUAAGAGGUACAGUUUGCUAUAUCGCUUAGACCCGUUUUUAGACGAUGAUGGUUUAGUUCGUGUGGGUGGCUGUAUUAAACGAGCGAAUUUUCCGGUAACAAUCACACAUCCUGUUGUAAUUCCUCGAAAGAGUCGCAUAACCAACCUUCUCAUCUAUGAUUGUCACGUGAAAGUGAAUCAUAUGGGCAGAGGAAUCACCCAUAAUGAGUUGGAGGAACUUCUGCCGUUUCUAAUCUGCUAG